AUGUCAGACAAAGAGGAUAACAACCCUCAAUCCCCUCAGCAAGAGAACAACAAUCCCCAAUCCUCCCAGGAAGAGAAUAACAACCCGGGGUCCCCUCAACCCAAGGAGGAGAAGGACGUUGAGCCACACCAAGAGUCCAACUCAGACGCCGAGCCUAAACAAGAACCCGGGUCGGACGCUGAGUCUAAACGAGACCCCAAGCCCGACCCUGAGCCAAAGAAAGAACCCCAAUCAGAAGCUGAGCCUGAACCUCAACCCCAGCCUCAAAAAGAAACACCUCAACGGCGUCCAAAAAAGUCCCAUCCACAGAAGUAUCAGCAAGACUCGGACACCGAGACCAUCAAUCGCGCCGACAUGGACAAUACUGCUGUUGAGAAGCCUCGUCGUCAGCGUCGCUCACGGCGCCAGCAACAAGACGGCGGUCCCCUUGGCGGCCUGGGUGGUAUAGACCAAGCCGGAGACCUCGUACAAAAUACAGCGGGCAACGCUGUCAACGGAGUGACCAACACUGCCGGUAAAGCUGUGGGGGGCAUCCUCGGUGGUAACAAGGGGGAGAGUCAGGAUGAUGGUGGCGGCAAGGACGAACAGUUGCGGUUGCGACUGGAUCUGAACCUGGACAUCGAAGUGCAGCUCAAGGCAAAGAUCCACGGCGAUCUAACACUUGGCUUGCUGUAA